AUGGCAAUCACGUACCAUGCACCGCCUCAACCAACUGAGCAACCAGUGGCACCUCGUCAUCGCUCAAGGGUAGACGCGGACGUCGUCAUGGACGACGGCACCGUGAUCCGGACCACCGUUACGUCGUCUGCCUGUGAUGUCUUGCUCUUUCUCCGGGAGCUCCAGGAACUAUUCUGCAAAGAGAUCCAUGACCACAAUAGCCUCAGCAAGGUCCAAGAGCAGCAAGGCCUGGAGGAGGUCCAACAGCACCUCCAUUGCCUCGUCGUCGGCCUCGAUACGGAGUGGCACCAAAUCUCUGAGACCGGCGGGAAGCCCCGGUACCAGAUCGCUGUCCUCCAGCUCUGCGUCGGCGACCGCUGCCUUGUCUACCAGAUUUUCCACGCCGACUACAUCCCUGCCGAGCUCGCGGCCUUCCUCGCCAACCCUGACUUCUGCUUCGUCGCCGUCGGGGCGGGUGGCGACGUCAAGCGGCUGCAUGACGACUGUAACCUUGAGGUGGCCCACACGAUGGACCUGCCUCAGGUCGCGGCGGUUGUGCUCGGCCGACCAGAGCUCCGGCAGGCAGGGCUCAAGACCCUAGCGCGAGAGGUGAUGGACACUCUCAUCGAGAAGCCGAAGAAGGUGACAAUGAGCAAGUGGGCCGCGCCGCACCUGUCAUGGGAGCAGGUCCGGUACGCCUGCAUCGAUGCCUUCGUGUCGUUCGACGUUGGCCGCCGGCUACUCUGCGAACCCCGUGUUUAA